AUGCACGUUGCAAAACGACUUUUUGAUGAAAACUCGUACUAUCACUUAACAACACGAUGGCAAGAUGAUGAUAAAUCUCUUGAUAUUGUUAAUGAUGAUAAAAAUAAUAAUCAGCUUAUACUUAGUAAAACGGGCAAUUAUAGUGGUCAACAUUGGAAAAUUACAUCAGUUAAAGAUGGUUAUUUUCGUUUAUCAACCAGAUGGCAAGGUGCAGGUAAAUCUCUUGAUAUUGUUAACGAUGCGGGAAAGAAUAAACUUAUGCUUGCUGACUCUGAUGAUCAUAGCAGUCAAUAUUGGAGGAUUACUUUACCGGAAAUUAAUUAUUAUCGUUUAACUUCAAAAUUGCAAAGGUUAUGA